GCGGAUAUAGUGAAUGCGGGGUCCGGGGAGAGCGGAUAUAGUGAAUGCGGGGUCCGGGGAGACUGGAUAUAGUGAAUGCGGGGUCUGGGGAGAGCGGAUAUAGUGAAUGUGGGGUCCAGGGAGAGCGGAUAUAGUGAAUGCGGGGUCUGGGGAGAGUGGAUAUAGUGAAUGCGGGGUCCGGGGAGAGCGGAUAUAGUGAAUGCGGGGUCCGGGGGAGAGCGGAUAUAGUGAAUGCGGGGUCCAGGGAGAGCGGAUAUAGUGAAUGCGGGGUCCAGGGAGAGCGGAUAUAGUGAAUGCGGGGUCUGGGGAGAGCGGAUAUAGUGAAUGCAGGGUCCGGGGAGAGCGGAUAUAGUGAAUGCGGGGUUCGGGGAGA